GUUGCGUCCAGUAAAACAACAAGGCGCCAAUUUUUCGCCAGGAUUUUUUAAAGCUUCCACCGCUGACACAUGACAAGGUUAUUUUAGUCUUUCGCGAACCGCCUUGUGCGAAAACUGCAGCUGAAGGCCGUUCAGCAUGGCGAUCCCUUUUGUGCAGGACUGGGAUGUCGUCCAGACUCUGGGAGAAGGAGCUUAUGGAGAAGUGAGGUUACUGGUGAACAGACAGACCGAAGAGGCAGUGGCGGUGAAGGUGAUUGACACUUCUCAGGCUAAGGAGUGUGCAGACAAUGUCAAAAAGGAGGUGUGCAUCCAUAAGAUGCUCACCCACCCCAGCAUCGUGAGGUUCUUUGGUCAUCGAAAGGAAGGACCGACUGUUUAUCUUUUUCUGGAGUACUGCACCGGAGGAGAGCUGUUCGACCGCAUUGAGCCUGAUGUGGGGAUGCCAGAGAAAGACGCUAAUAGGUUUUUCAAGCAGCUAAUAGCCGCUGUGGAGUACCUUCACAACCUUGGCAUCACCCACCGAGAUAUAAAGCCAGAGAAUAUUUUGCUGGAUGACAAAGACAACUUGAAGCUGACAGAUUUCGGUCUGGCCACCAUGUUUCGUUUCAAAGGGCGGGAGCGCCUUCUGAAUCGACUCUGUGGAACGCUCCCCUACGUUGCUCCAGAGCUUCUCGGCCAGCAGGAGUACAAAGCUCAGCCUGCAGAUGUCUGGGCCUGUGGGAUCGUUCUGAGUGCAAUGCUGGCAGGAGAACUGCCCUGGGAUCAGCCCACCGAGAGCUGCCAGGAAUACUCAGACUGGCUCCAGAAGAAGACUUACCUACCUCCCUGGAAGAAAAUCCAGCCGAUGCCUCUUAGUUUGCUGUCCAAAUUGCUGCAGCCCCAUCCUGAUUCAAGAAUCGUUAUCGCAGACAUACAGAAGGAUCGCUGGUUUACUCAAGGUUGUCAGAGAUCAGGAUCCAACAAAGUUCUUCGAACGGAGUUGGAGCUUAAAUCCCGGACAAGCAGUGAUGACAGGAUGCAGUUUUCCAGCUCUCAGCCUGACUUUGCUCCAGGUGGAUGGGAAUCCAUGUUGUUGAUCGGCCUGGCCGAAGGGCAGGUCAGCUUCUCCCAGCCGACUAAACCGGAGCACAUGUUGCUGGGCAGUCAGCUGUUGGGCACGCCGGGAGCCAGUCAGUCGCUGUGGCAAAGAUUAGUCCGAAGAAUGACUCGCUUCUUUACCAACGUGAACGCCGACGACUCCUUAUCUGCCCUGAAAGACGUCUGUGACGGCAUGGCACUUGUCUUCAAACUCACCUGCACGCAACAGGUCACUGUGAGCACUCUGGACAAACGUAACAACAAGCUAAUCUUCAAGGUCUUUUUACUGGAGAUGAAUCAGCGAGUGUUGCUGGAUUUCAGACUGUCUAAGGGCGACGGAUUGGAGUUCAAGCGACUCUUUGUGAAGAUAAAGCAGAAGCUCGGAGAUGUGGUCUGCACCCAGAAGAUUUCACUCCCCAUCACAUAAUAAACAGAGAAAAACGCACGCUGUCAUGGACUUUAGAGACAAACUGUAUAUAUUUACAUGUUCUUGUUGUUAACACUUGUUUUUUUAUACACUUGAAAGAUCAAGACUUUAUAGAUCACAUAGUUUUCUACAAUUUGCCAUUCAUAAAGACUGAAGUGUUCUGGUUGUUUUUGCUAUGUUAAUGUUCAAAGCUGAAUAAAUUAAUAAAGAUCUUGUUUGCUAAAUGA